GUCUACCAGGACAUGGUCACCAGUCUUCCCUGUCUCACCCAGGAAAAUGAUUUCUUCGGCGAAGCGCCCGCUUGAGCAGUCAGCGGGGGACCUCGAGUUGCCACAAUGUAAGCGGGCCGCCAUCAAAUCUCUCCUCAACUACGAUCCUUGGUCCCCGCCCCGAUCAAAUCUGUCGGAUGCGGACAUUCAAAACAACGCCAGCUCUCCUAACUCAGUGGCCAUCAAUGCUCCCUCAAACCCCACGACCUCCACCCACUUCCCCAUCCCCAUGCCAAGCCUCGACAAUGAGGGUUACCUUCCCCCCUACGAAUCAUACCCGGAAGGGCUCUGGGGUUCAGAUAUAAAUUACGCCGGUCCUUCACUCAACCGUCCCGUUCCUCCGCCUCCCAUUGCCACCUCCCCUAACGUCGCCGAACAAGGCUCGGACUUGGACAACCAUCGGGCAGACGUGCCGGACAACGCCUCGCCGGACUCGGACUCGGCCGGCGACCGGAAUGCCGAGGACGACGACUGGCAGGACGACGACGACUACUACGACGAAGAAGAAGAAGCUAACGACGACGACUACGAUGAGAAGAAGCCAACGACGACGACUGCGACGACGAAGAAGAAGAAGAAGAAGCUAACGACAUGGCCCUGCCGACAAAGCUCGGCCUGGAGAACGUCUGCAACACGACCCGGUCAGAGAUGGGCGACCAGCGCGCCCACACCGUCGGCCGUGGAGUCUCCUGCUCCACUUCCAUCACCAGCAUCACCACCGCCGCCGCCACCUCAACCACCCCCGUCGGCGACGACGGCGAUGAUGACUCUCACGCAGGCGAGCCCUCGUCCCUACUAUAAAAAGCCUACGUACCUCAGCCGCGACUUCGCUGCGGACGGACGCGGAGGUGCAGGACGGGGUCAUCUACCAGCUUGCACGGCACCUUUGUGAGCGGCCGUCUCGUCGUCUCCUCGGUGGGGGAGAGCUGUUUCCUUGUGUUUUCCCUUUCCUUUUUUUCUUUUUUUUCUCCCCUAUCAAACUGGGUGUUCGGGGUUUCACAGGGGAUGGGGGGCAGAGAGUUGAGGCCCGGUAGAGAGGAGCUUUGCGUUGUAUUUCGCCACUCCAUUCUGAUAUGUGUUGUUUUGCACUUGGUGUUCUUACUUGGUGUUCUUGAAAGGCGGACGGAAGGGCAGCGAUACAUAUCAGGUGCCCGUUAUUUUUUAAAUAGCAGGCUGUCGCAAUGCAAUUUUUUUUUUUUUUUUUUUUGGAGAAACCACGAUGUCGUCGUGUUGGGACGAGAUAUCUCCCGAUGUUUCCUGUGUUGGCCAUCUCAGGAUGCUGGGAAAUAUGGGGCGGUAAG